CUCGUCCAAGCUAUUCGCCGACGUGCGCCACCACCCACCAGCGCCGGACCUCGUGGGGAGGAUGUGCUUAAAUGCUACCUCCUUCCUCGACGGGUGGUUGCGAUGGCGAUUUUCGUUCAAUUCACUGACGAGGAUGUGGCGGCUGGAACUCGUCGAGGGGAACUAUCCCUGAUUGGGCGGUUGAUUGGAGUGCCACUGUCGCUUUAAUUGUCAAGACCAUGCUCUCUCGCGUCUAGCGAGCGGUUGGGGAAUUUUCCAUUUCUCCAUUGGAUUUUGGGCUCACCCACUUGGUCUUUUCCUCCCCGUCUGACAUGCAGACGACAUCAACUGGUUAAACAUGGAUCUUCCCCAAGUUCCUUCUGUCCUUGGGACCUUGGAUGCAACCCUCGCAGGAAGUGGCGGAUCGUAUUCGUUGGGUGUCUUUAGGGGUGCAUAUUUGGGGCAUUCCAUUUGAUUGCUUCACGUCAAAGAUGGCCAACCGCCUGGGCUCGGCCUUGGGGCAAACAACUCCACCAACCCUACAUCGGGCGGAGAUUUCUGGCGGCCUUUAUGUUCGGGCGGAACCGGUGUUGGAUAGUUUGACUCCCUUUAGGACAAGAUUACGUCAGGCCAUAUGGAUCAAGGCAAAGGUAACUUCGUUGCCAGGAUUAAGUUUGAAAAGGUUCCUACUUUCUGUUUCCUGUGUGGGAUUAUAGGGCCUAUUGGAGCUGCUUGUCCUCAGAAGGCCGAAUUGGGUGCUGCACCGCCGAGAUAUGGGGAGUUCUCGCUGGUAACUGACUCCGGAGACAAGAUCACGGAGGGCACCUUAGCCAAACGCAAGAAACGGUUCACCUGGCUACGGGCAAAGGCUACACGUUCCCCUCCCGUUCAUGGGGUAAGGACCUUUCGGGUUCCAACCUCAAGCCCUGUGGUGCUUUCUAUAGUUCCAACAACGAUUGGAAACUCGAGCUCCAUGUGGGAGGACAUACGCAGACUGCUUGUUGGGCGUGUAGGAGUUCAGCUGCAGUCACUUAGACUCCAAGCGAACACGACUUCUUCUCAGCGGGUUGUGGCAUCUCCUAUUGCUAUCAAUCCGUCGGACGCGGUGAUGCGUGACUCCCCAGAGGCAGGGCUGCUGCCAGGUUCUUCCUCUCUGACAGCAAAGCGUGCUCGUCUGACAAUAGAGGCUCAAACGACCAAAGAUAGGGUGGAGGAAACCAGCCCGGACUGGUCCCAAUCCACACCAUGAGCAUUCUGGCUUGGAAUUGUCGAGGAAUGGGCUCCUCCUUGACAGUUCCUACGCUAGGUGGAGUCGUCACUCGGUUCCAACCUCUCCUUGUUUUCUUGUGUGAAACUAGACGGGAUGAGGACUUUGUUCGUAACAAAUUUAGUCUUGGGUAUAGGAUGUUCAGUGUCAUAGUUCUCCCAAUGGGAGUGGUAGUAUUGCAGUAGCUUGGAGUCCUUAUGUCUCAUGUACAUUUUGUUUUCUUUCAUAAUUCCUUUCUGUGGUAGAUUGUACAGCUGCUAGUUUGGGUCCCUUUGCUAUUUUAUUUGUGCAUCUUUCUUGUGAUAUAGCCAUUCGACAAGAUCAGCUUAAUCAAACUGCUCAUUUUCU